AUGUCAAAAGGAGGACAGAAAUUGUCGAAAGAGGAUGAAUUAUUGCUAAAGGACUUCUCAGCAGCCGUAUCAACAAAGGGGAGUGCGCUGUUUUAUGGAAACUCGACAGUGAUUGCUAUAGCACCUCUAUAUCUAUUCCAUGGAAUACAUCAGAUGGAAGUAGCCGAUUCAUGGAUUAUUUGGUUAAUUUCAUCGCUAACCGCAUCUUACCUUAUCAGUUUUGCCUACAAGAAUAUCAAGCACAUCCUAAAACAUAAAAUUGUUGUAAAAAGGAAUGAGGCAAUAACUCGUGAAAUGAAUCGAAAAUUAGCGGAUGAUAAAAAAAUGUCAAAGAAAGAGAAAGAGGAGAGAAUUUUAUGGAAGAAAAAUGAGGUUGGAGAUUACGAAGCAACUACUUUUUCGAUCUUCUGGAACAAUAUUCUUUUCCUUUCACUCCUCCUUGUAUUAUCAUUCUUCUUAUUUGCCUCCAUGUCACCUACUUUCAAUUGUCUGUUUUCUAUGGUUGGCGCAGCUGGUUUGGUUGCUCUUUUCUCAACUGCCAAGUAA